AUGGAAGACGAAGAUCGCGGCCAUGACAACGGCAACAGAAUACUCACUCUGUUCAGCAAGCGUAUAUCCCGGCUAUUGCGGAGCGACUGCUCGUCGACGAGGACAGCCGUGAGCUUGAGGGGUUCACCAACUAAGAAGUCUCCAGCAUGCAGGAAAUGUGCGAUUUUGGAACGACUGCCCGAACCUUACGCGGGCGCAACGGGCUGGCUGAAUGCUACGGCGAAUCUUUUGCGUGAGGGCUUCAAGGUGGGUACGAUGUUCCUUAUUCUAUGGGUGACUCGACGUCCUAACGAAGGGAGCCAAGUGGUGUGGGCAGAAGAAGGGUUGAAGUAG